UCCGCGACAGGCCGUGAAUUCUAAUCUCUCUCGGACUAACAAGUUCCCAUGAAGUUUUUGAUUUCGAUUUGAACAUUUUCAUGCACUUGGCAUUCUCCUCUUCUUCCUAAUCCCGCCAUGGAAGCUUCCCUUUCUCCAGCUGCUUCGGAAGGAAUAAAUUUAUCGGCAGAAUUUGUGUGUUUCAGAAAGGAAAAACUUGUACCAAGAGCUCACAACUUUCUGUCAUUCAACUCAGCCUAUAAAUAUCGACCACUGCUCUUAGGUCAGACAAAGGAUUUCUGUAGGAAGAAUAAGUGUGCGACGUUUACGUGCAGUCAGAGGAGAGAAUUUUCUGUUGUCGUGGGCAGGUGUAUAGAUGACAUAUAUGAUGAUUUAGCUAAACGUCUUCUUCCAACAGCAGCAGCAGCAGCUUCAGAUCCUGAUCUUAAAUAUAUUAUAGGUUUGGCUGGUCCUCCUGGUGCUGGGAAAACAACUGUAGCAUCUGAAGUGGUGCGGCGAUUAAAUAAAUUAUGGCCUCAGAAAGAUUCUUCAAUGGAUUCUCAAGUAAAGCCUGCUGAUGUUGCUGCAGUUCUCCCUAUGGAUGGUUUCCAUCUUUAUCGUUCUGAGCUUGAUGCAAUGGAGAAUCCAGAAGAAGCGCAUGCAAGACGGGGAGCUCCUUGGACAUUCAAUCCUCAGCAGCUACUCGCAUGCCUCAAGACACUAAGAAGUCAGGGAUCAGUAUAUGCACCAUCAUUCGAUCAUGGUGUCGGUGAUCCAGUUGAGGAUGAUAUCUUCGUGAGCCAUCAGCAUAAAGUCGUUAUAGUAGAAGGAAAUUAUUUACUACUGGACGAUGGGGUUUGGAAAGAGAUCUCAUCAAUAUUCGAUGAAAAAUGGUUCAUAGAGAUAGAUAUCGACAAAUCAAUGGAACGAGUUCUCAAAAGACAUAUUUCGACGGGAAAAGCUCCGGACGUUGCAAAAUGGCGUAUAGAGUACAAUGACCGACCCAAUGCUGAGCUCAUAAUGAAGUCUAAGAAGAAUGCAGAUUUAGUAAUUAGCUCGGUCGAUUUCUGAAUGCAGGAUGGAAUAUUUCCUUUUCUUCUCUUUGUCCUGUCUCAUUAUCAAGUAGUUGAAAUAAAUUGGAAGCCCUGGGGAAUCAUGUUCUUGUUGAUUAAGCAGCUGUGGUUUGAAGCUUCUGAAUUAUAUGGUAUUAGUAUGAUGGGUUUAACUUUUAGAAUAAUUCUUCAACAAUGUCUUGGAUAUCAGUGAAAUUCUUAUAUUGCCAUCAA